AAUACCUGUUUUGACGGGGUUUUUAAACCCAGUAAUCCUCACAGCGCAGUGCUGCCAGAAAACCCACACUGUGAAAUCAUGGGUUAUAUAUCUCUGCACUACUGCUGCCCAUAGCAAAGACUGCUGCUAGGCCUUAAUGCACUGCAAACCAGUAACAUUCACAUGGUUUCAGUACUGCAUGCAAGCAAAUACAUUUAGUAGGGGGGAUGCAUCAGCAGCAAGCACGUCACUAAGACACUGGAGCAAUUCCAUGUGCAGCCAACACCAGCCUAGCAGGCCCAGCACUGAGCUAGAGCUAAUAAACCCCAUUAAACCCAAGCUGUGACUGCAUCUGUGGCACAAUUCAUCUGUGACAUGAACAAUCUGCCUGCAGAUAGCUGUGAGCUGACUAUAUGUACAGAUUUAACAUCUCGCAGUAAUUAGUACUUACAGCUAGCUCAAAAAAAAAAAAAAAAAAAAAAAAUCAGAAAUAUUUGGCAACAAAUAACAAAUUCAUGACAACUCACAAGUGUGAAGUUCAUGCGUCAAUAAUUUUGAGGCACAUAGCAAAGCCGUGGUAUUGUACAUGUGCGUUUUGAUUUUGUAAUUUAAUUCUGAUCUCCCUAUUAUUAUAAUCUGUUGUGAUAGACAGUUAACAUAAAUUAUGUUACCAUAGCACACUGAAGUCUCAUUCAUAGACUGUUGCUCCGAGUUACAGAAAAAUAAAGAACAAAAGGUAACACUAUAAUGUGUAACACUUAAUGUGUAACACUAUAAUGUGUUAACAGAGAACUAUGAGGCACAAGAGGAUGCAGUAUGAGAAGCUAUCCAAAUGGUCAAAAUGUCAGGAGAUCUUUGCAUGAGAGUUGCUUAGGUACUGUCAGUUUUCAUAGCCGUCAGCAAAACAGUCCAUGAGGGAGAAAACAUGAUGAUAGUGAGAGUGAUUUAUUUGGUGAUAAUGGCUAAGUUUGUGUCAUUGAUUAUAGGGAACUCAUACCAAGCAUGAAGAACAGCACUGGAGAAAGCAAAAUGUAUUCAAAAAAGAUAGUAGGUGAAUAUAAGAGUGCUGGUGCAAGAUUGGCGCAAAGAAGAAAAACGAGACUGGAAGGAAAAGUGUGAAAAGCCUUCAAAAAGAAAAGAAGUAGCUAAGUUUUCAUGUAAGGGCAGAGAGGAUCACUGUGAAGAGAUGAGCUGUGUUUGGCUCCCCAAAAUGAUACAUUUAGGGAUCUCUUUGUGAGGACGCUUACCCUCACAAUGCUCUUCUGUCUUUUGUUUAUAUAUUAAUUACAAUGUAUAUCCAUAUCAUCUGUGUUCUCCCUACUGAAGUCAUUUCAGUCCAAGAGCAGUUGUGUUAGGGUGUGUGAAGUUCUGCUUCUCCUUUUGCUCUGUGGUCUGCAGUCUACGUGGGGCAGCUUCAGAAGUCUUUUCUAAUUUCCAGUUUUAGGGAGGGUAAAAGAUCGGAUUGGGGAGCACACUUGCUCACUUGCUGCCUAUGGCAAAAGACAAAGCAUUACAAUUUCUACUCUCUACUAUUCUGAGAAGGGUGUCACAUUUUAGGGAAGAAAAAAAAAAAAAGAAAGAAAGAAAGAAAAAAAAAAGAAAAAGAAAUUCAGCCUCCUGUAAUCUUCCUGACCUGCUGCAGAACCCCAGGUGUUAGGCAUGGUAAGUGGGCAUGGUGGGGAUAGGUUGGGGUUGGACAAUCCUGGAAUCUUUUCCAACCUCAAUAAUUCUAUGAUUCUAUGAUUCUAAUGUAGAAGGCAGCCAGUUAAUAGAGGUUUAUUCGUGUGCUUGAUUGACAUUCAUACUUACUGCCUUUUUGAGGCUGUCUCAAGGUUUUUCUGAAAUCUCACUUGCCGUACAGCUACGAGCACUGGCAAUGUUUCAGCUGUGUUAGUUGUCGGGCAGAAUGCACAUCCCCUUUGUAGGAGCUCAGUUGACUAAGUUAGAGCUUAGCUGUCUGAGGUCAGCUGCCCUGCCAAUAAGAACUGUUGUGAAGAAAGCAAGAAGCAAGGGCCUCCAUCUCCUUUCUCUUGUAGAUUUCUGCAGAGUCUAGAACCAGGAUGAAAAUUCUUCCCUCACUUAGGGCUUGUUGGGACUGCUGUGUCACUUCUGCUAUUCUUGGCUGCUAGGCUGGCUCAUGAGGCCAGAGAAGCUAAGCAUACAGAUGGUCAACAUGCAUAUGUUAUAAUUACUGUGCUUAUUGCUAGGCUACAAGGUCUAUACAUUAACUAAAAUCCUGUUCAGCUACACUCAGUAUGCAUUAUGCAUAAACAGGAUACAGACUUAUGGACGUCUAAAUAUAAGACAGGAGAUGACAGAGAGACAAAGUGGUGAAGCACCACUUCAGUCAGAGUCAUAGCCAGUGGUCUCAGUACACCAGCAAGCUUACUGUUAUCAAAUCUCAUCACAAGAGGUAGUCUUUAUGGAAUGUUUAAAGAAGAAAUCUGAUAUACUUUUGUGGAUACUUAAAAGACACUGGAUAACAAAAGUGAAGGAAAAAAUAAAAUAUAAAAUAAAAUAUAAAGUAAAAUGACAGUGGGAAAUAUUGAGAUUAUUUUCUGAAAAUUCAUCAAGUGGCUAUAAAACAUUUAUAUAUUCAGCUGAUAUUCAUCUACUCAGGAGCCUGCUACUGGGCACUAAAAUAGAUGACAAUGUGUGAAAACUACAGGCUGGAAAGCUUGCAGUUAAUGCAAGACAUUUGCAAAGACCAAAGAAAAUAAUGUUCCAAGAGUUAGGAUGAAAGAGGAGUGGUAUGAAUGGAUAGGAAGGACUACAAAAGAGAGAUUUUGUAUCCUGAAGACUUAAAAGUUGGACUUGGUGACCUAUAUGAUAAUUUUAGCUGAAUCCGUAUCAGUUACAAAAAAAAAAAAAAAUCAUCUUCUUACCUGUUUUUUUACUGAGUAGAUGGCUGAUAAAUUUAAACAUCCUUUUCUAUUUCUGACUUUAAAAACCUAACAUCUACUUGAUUAUUCCAAAAUUAUGUGGCCUACGAAGAGUAAGCAUCAAACAAAUGAUUAACAUCAUCAGAUGUGAUGGAAUAACUAAAAACCAGAAGAGAUCUGUGAAAGAAGCUAAUUGCCUGAUUCAGCUGCCUCCAAAAGAUAUACAGAAAACAAUAUGCAAGAGUGCUAAGAUUCUGAUGACAAUUGAUCAAGAAAAAGAAUGGAAGUAAAUCUAUUCAGCAAUUCUACUGUUAUAAAUAGUUCAUCCAUCAACCAUAAACAGUUAGAAGGGCACAGCCUCUGGGAAGUUAUUACUAUUGCCACUGUAACUGCAAUUGUAAGCUUAAUAACCAUAGUGGGAAAUGUUCUUGUAAUGAUAUCCUUCAAGGUUAACAGUCAGCUCAAAACUGUUAACAACUAUUACUUGCUCAGUCUUGCCUGUGCAGACCUCAUCAUUGGAAUAUUUUCUAUGAACCUCUAUACCUCUUAUAUACUCAUAGGCCAUUGGUCUCUUGGAAGCCUGGCGUGUGACCUGUGGCUAGCGCUGGAUUACGUAGCUAGCAAUGCUUCAGUCAUGAACCUCCUAGUCAUCAGCUUUGACAGAUAUUUUUCCAUCACAAGGCCUUUGACAUACAGAGCUAAACGCACACCCAAAAGAGCUGGCAUCAUGAUCGGCCUGGCUUGGCUAAUCUCCUUCAUUCUAUGGGCACCUGUAAUAUUAUGCUGGCAGUAUUUUGUGGGUGAACGAACAGUACCCCCUGAGGAAUGCCAGAUACAGUUUUUAUACGAGCCCAUUAUCACUUUUGGUACUGCAAUUGCUGCUUUUUACAUUCCAGUGUCAGUGAUGACCAUUUUAUAUUGCCGCAUCUACAAAGAGACUGAGAAACGUACCAAGGACCUCGCUGAACUUCAGGGUUCUGAGUCUGUGGCUGAAUUUGAGACGAUAAAGCCUCGAAAAGCUUUCCUGAAGUCUUGCUUCAGUUGCAAGCAACAAAACUUAGUCAAAAGGGAGAGAUGUCAGGCUUCCUGGUCUUCAUCCAGUCGAAGUACAUCAGCUACAGUGAAGGCAUCCCAGGCAGUGAGCACGUGCACUGAGUGGGCUAAGGUUGACCAACUGACCACCUGCAGCAGCUAUGCAUCUUCAGAAGAAGAGGACAAACUUGCCACUGAUCCUGUUUUCCAAGUUGCAUACAGGAGUCCAUCUAAAGGUAAGGAAGAAGAAUUUAAUGAAAGGGAAAGUAAGGAUAUUGUUGUCAAAGACCAACCUGAAGAAAACGAUUUUGAGACCCAGCAAUACUUUUUGUCACCUGCCAUCAGCCAACAAAGUAAAAAAUGUGUGGCCUACAAAUUCCGCUUGGUGGUGAAGGCUGAUGGCACUCAGGAAGCCAACAAUGGUUGCCGUAAGGUAAAAAUAACUCCUUGUUCUGCUGCUGUGUCGAAGGAUCCUUCCAUCAAAAGCAUGGAUCCAAAUAUAAAUAACCAAAUCACCAAAAGGAAAAGGAUGGUUCUUAUAAAAGAACGUAAAGCAGCACAGACUUUGAGUGCCAUUCUUUUGGCUUUUAUCAUCACAUGGACUCCCUACAAUAUAAUGGUUUUGAUCUCCACAUUCUGCUCGGACUGCAUUCCUCUGACAUUGUGGCACCUUGGAUACUGGCUAUGCUAUGUGAACAGCACUGUUAAUCCCAUGUGUUAUGCUCUCUGUAACAAAACUUUCAGGAAAACUUUUAAGAUGCUACUUUUCUGCCAGUGGAAAAAGAAAAAAGUGGAAGAGAAAUUGUACUGGCAGGCCAAUACUCGAAUGCCAUAACAACUCCUAUAUAAGAGAUAAAUGGAAAAAUAGAUAUUAACAUAGUCUAGUAAAGGACUUUUGAUUCCGUAUUUUCAAAGCUGUUGUUUUAUAUGUCUAUGUGUUAAAAAAAAUAGUCAGCAAAAAGUGAUAUUUUGCAUGAAAGUAGUGUAUUCGGGAUAAAGAAGUCAGUGGUUGCUGGCAGAGUGUUCAUGAUUACGCAGUAGAUCUGCAUUAAAAUUGCUGUGUUUGGGUUCUUUUGUCCUUUCUUUCAGCCUGAGAAAUUGUAGUGUGUCUUAUAAACUUCUAGAAAUUAGCACAUGAUUAUCAUCCAGUCAUCAGGGCAGGUUAUCCAGCCUGUCUCCUCUUAGUGCAGAACUGUUUCUUCCUAUAGUUCCUUUUCUCCUUUCUGCUGUAUUGUCUAUUUAUUUUUCAAUGGAACAAGCAAUGGAACACGUAUUACUUCUGUUUUGAGACUUUUCCACAUGCUAUGGAAUGAAAUAAGGACUAUUUAAAGAGGGAAAUACUGUUAUCAAUACUAGGGAGAUUAGGGAGUUAGGGAGAUUCUUACUAUUCCAAAAGAAUACACUUACUACAGGUGAAUGUAAUACUAAGAAAAUUUGCACUUUAAGAUGUCUUUUUUGGGGAGACAGAAGAAGGGCUCACAGGGAAGGAAUCAGAUAAUGUAUUUCAUAUAAGGAGGAUCCAGUCCACAUCUCACACAUCCUGCAGUUACAUCCCGCACAUCUCAGUUCCAUCCUGCAAGUCAGUGUUAUCUAAACAUGGUGAUAGUUAGCAAAUAUCUAUGAAUUUGUAUUUCUUUAUUUCCUAAUGCCUCAGAAGGAUACAUUUUAAAUGUAUGCAGUAGUGACAGUAGUACUGACCAGAACUGACUAUAAGGAUGGACACAGUUUGUCUAUUUUACAGUGUGUGGGAUAUAAGUCAAAUCCUUCUUGCAGUCUCUCUAUUGCACUCCCCCUUGCAAGUGCACAAAAAUGUGCAUCAAUGCCCUGCAAAUUCACCUACCUAUCACAAAAUUAUUGGAAGCCAUGGCAAAAUUGGUAUUUCUGAAAGAAGAAAUAUU